AUGACAGCCGGACUUAUCGCCACAGAUGUGGCUUCGCAGGUGGCCACUGCGACGCCUCUUCUUCUCAAGGUCCAUUCUUGGCACCGCUUCGAUGCUGUGGCCGCCUCACCGAAGCGCUGUCCCAACUUGUUGCAGAGCACAUGGCGCAAGCAGAUGAAGGAAAGCGUGCGUGCACUUCCGGAAGACAUGGAAAAUUGGAUGAUGAAGCAUGGACAAGCGCGAGCACUCCUCGACAUCAAUCCGCCCGAAAUGCCCGACUUCCAGCAAGCACCUCCCAGUCAAUGUCAUUUCCAUGCUGCGUCGGUUCCGGCGGCAGUCUCACAGCAUGGUCCUGAUGAGCCAUCUAUUCUUCGGCAUUGGAGCCCGGAAUGGCUUCCACGACUGUUGUUGGACACAAGCCCGGACGAUGGCAAGUCGGAGCUACUCCACUGCAAACUCUUCGCCUUGGUUGCUGGGGAUCUCUACCGCAGUCAUGGGGGCCAACUCUUCGAAUACAACAAUGGCGCAUGGGCGCCGGCCUCUCGUGGCCUGACAUCUGUGAACCUUGAAUUCGUCCUCCAGGCCCUUCGUAGAGCUCAGGCGUAUUAUUCCAUAAUGGCCCAGAUGAAGCCGAAGAGAUGUUAUGAUGACAUUGUCUUCGAGAUCAAAGCCAUCCAGCAAGUGGGUAUGGAGGAGGUUCUCUUGCAAUGGCAACUUCAGGAUAUCAUUCAGAGGAAACCUGAAGUCAGAGCACGUGAGUGGCUCUGUGGCCUGUCUGAGCUUUGUCGGACCAUCGUGAAAUGCUUCCAACGUUGGGGCGAUGAAGAAAUACGGGUCAAACAGCAACCAGGGCUCUGCUUCCAGGAUGCAUUCAUCUCGACUGUGGAUGGCAACCCGAAACAAAUGCAGAAAGAUGCCCGUCAUGGUUGUUACAUAGCCAUCCCUACUCCCAUCGCCUUUGUGCCCAGCAUGGCCACCAGACAGCGAUACGCCAGCAUCCUCUUGUCUUCUUUUGCAGGCUCAGAUGGAUUGCAAGUGCUGCUCAACCAAUGUGCUCUGGUUGUGGCCCGUGUCCGGCAGCCUGACAUCUUGCACAUUGUUGUUGGAUGUGGACAUGACGGAAAAACUUUGAUUUUUGUCGAUCACUUGCAAGCUGUCUUUGGCAGUGCCUUCAGUUGCGCUCCGUGCGGCAUGCUGCAAUCGGAGCGAGAAUUCCAAGUCCAAGGUGCCAAUUUCAUACAUGCAGCCUUCCUCACCUUUGAUGAAUGCAAAAGAGAUUCAGGAAUCAUGGAGGAUAUCGUCAAAGUGUUCGUCGGAGGUGGCUGGCUACCCCUCCGCAGAAACCACGAAGCAGAGACUAGAUACGGGCAUUGGGCAUGCACUGGCAAAGUCUGGGCAAUGAAUUCCGGUGACAUCCCUCGUGUUCCAACGGCGGAAGAGGUUUCCCAUCAAAGGCGGUUCCGCUGCACCUACAUGCGGUCCACCUUCACAGCCUUGGAGGAGGAAGUUGACAUCCCCAACAAAGUCUUCCAUGCCGACCCUGGGGCCAAGUCCUUUAUGUCUUCUGGCGAAGCAGUGUGGUGCUUCUUCCAAGAUUUCCUUUUUCCUCAUCUUCGGGCAAACGGGGCGCAAACAUGCAGUGACAACCUGGAGUACAUGAGGAAAGGCACGAGCAUGCACAAAGAUACCCACUGGUUGCUGAGGAAGAUGAACCGCACCACUGACUGCAUCCAUCCAGACACAGCCCAAGGCCUUGAAGCCCAGAAUGAAAGACCUGGUGAAGCUCCUGCAGCGACUUUGCCUGAGCGCAUUGUCCGGGAGACUCACGCCUCCAUCCACGCCCAAUUCUUCUCCGCAGCAGACAUCAACCGGAUUGUUGUGCCUUCCAAUCCGGGCUCUGCUCCUCCAAGACGGCCUGGGAAGAAACUACGGGUGGAAUAUUUGAAGGAUUCUUUGCAGCAGUUUCCUCACUUGAUCCGCUUGGUCGACGGUCUCCAACGUGCAGGAGCCCCCUUGGACCGCUUUGAGCGCCGGUGCCUCGAUGCUGACAGUUGGCACCAGUGCCUCCAAACAUGCCUAGAAAGCCAGAACAUCCCGGAAGUGGUUGGAACAUGGAAUGAUUGGCUCUGGCCCAGCGCUGCGGAAGCUUCAGCCUACAACACCGAUGAGACACCAGGAUUUCCCCGAGGAGACGCUUGGGAAAUUUCCUGCCGGAUGGAUGUUGCUGGCUUGAAAGAGUUUGCGGAGAUGGUCCCUGGUGAUAAAGGAGAACACGCACGCCUACUUGCAGAGCUUUGUGAAAGAGAAGGCACAAUCGAGGGUGACGUGACCAUCCUUUCCACAUUGGGGCACCAGAAGAAAGUCGCUGGCGCAUCCUUGGGGCGUGUUUUCUUCCCCUGGAUCAGCUUUCCAAAUUUGUCCCGUUCCGCCCGAGACUUUGGAAGCCCGCCUGGAACCAAGGAGUUUGAUAUGCCCAAUGCAGUGGUUCACUUCGCAUUGGUCUGGGCAAAGGAAUAUGGGCUCGACCUGCCUUGCUUCCAACGCUAUCAUGCAAACAAAGGGACAUGGCGGAAGAUCGUCAUGCAGUGGUUUGCCCUUGCCGAGCAGGAUGCAAAGAAGGCCCUGUUGCAGGCUUGCUUUGGUUUUGCUUUCCCAUCGCGUGCGAGUGGCAAACCUGUGAUUUGCCCAUUGCUUGAAGGCUUAGCAGCAGAUGCCAUGAGGCUGCGGGCCACCAUGUGCGAAAGGCACCCUAGCUUGCUGGCAGCCAUGCGGGCAGCUGGCCGACCGAGACCAGAGACUUCCACCAUGGCUUUCCUGCUCUUUGACAAGGAAAACCAGACCAUGCAAGCAUUCUGCAAAUUACUGCCAAAGUAUGGGUUUGCUUUGGUUGCACCUGUCUUUGAUGCAGUGCUGGCCGUGCCACAGAGCAGAACAGAGGAAGAUGGCACCGAGAGGGCGCCAAAUCAAGAUGCUUUGCUCAAUGAUUUUCGCGACAGCACAGGAAUCACGAUGCAGGUCAAAACAUUGAGCCGCACCAGGCCGCAGGCGACUGUGCCGAACAUAUUGCGCGAACUCUUGUCCAACAACAUGGCCAUCCGUAUGGACCCGGUCCAGCGCCUACCUGGGCGCUUCUCAUGCAUUGGCACUGCUCUCCUGAACCUGUUUCCAGACGAAGCCAAUGGUAUCAAAGAAGCAACCUCCAAUUUGAGCAGCCCGAUCUCCUACCACCACACCAUGGAGAUUUGCCCCAAUGUUCUCAUUGAACCAACUUCGUUCGAUCAAGCCACUCAAAGCGGUGACGGGACAUGUUUCCUGGUCCAUGCGUCAAACACUUGGGAUGCUGACGUUGGUCAUGCAUAUGGUGUGAAAAUGGUGGAGGCUACCGCCCAGAUCUACACCUCGACAGAGGAGGAGUACAUCCAAACCAAUACGCAAUUGCUCUGGCAGAAGCUAGCAAAGACACCAGGCACGUACAUCUUCAAAGUCUCCAUUAUCAGUCAGGAUGGGGAACCACAGGCCAAGCGUCGCAAAAAAGAUGCGGCGUCGACGACUUCAGUUGAACUUCUUUUGAAAGCCGGUGUGGUGGAGGCUGAGGAGACUUUGCGCCCGGUCAUGCCACAAGUUCGAGAGCGCAUGUCUAGGGAGGUUUCCCAGGAACUUGCCCGUCCCAAGCUUAGAAAGGAUUUUGUCACCAACAAGCAACAGUUCUAUGUCGCAUGUGCCAUCUUUGAGCAGAAGCAGGCCUUACGACCUCUGAUACCUGGCUGCCAUGCAGAAGAUAACCUACUUUCCCUGGCAGCAACCUGCAUUCGAUCUUGGGCAAAACUGGAUGCAGACUCGCUCCGCUACCUCUCCACCCAAAAUUUUGUGGACAUGGCGUUGAUUCUCACUGGCACUGGCCCACAAUAUGUUCUCAAGCAACAAACAGCACAAGCUCUGCGGAUCAACAAGAUGCUCUACAUUAGCAAUGAUUUCGCAGAUUUGGUGCUGGCCAAGGCAAUCAAACACCGAGGCAAAGUCCACACGAUGUUCAACGACAUCACAAGUGAUUGGGUCUCUCGAGGAAGCUCUUGCGCACUGCUUGGUUGCCGCAGAGGAGAUACCCGCCAGGCGGUGUUUCAAGAAGUCAUGGCCUUGAAGCCAGUGCGUGACUUGCAUGCAGGCUUGGUUGAAGCUGCCACUGAGCGCCAAGAAUGGCUUGUUUGCAGUCAUGAUGCAACAUAUCAAGUAUUGUUCAGCGCCAUUGGACAAGUGCCAAUGCAACAGAAACAAGGUGAAUUCCAUGCCCUUCACACGUUUCUUGGCCGGUCGGGCGCUGUGCCUGGCUUCAGCCUUCAGCGCACGGAGGGUCCUGCUCAGUUUCGGGCGGCCAUUGCUGAAGUCCUGCCUCAAGCUGCUCGGGACACGGUCAAGUACAUCUUCUCUGAUAGCCCUACCUCUGUAGAAGGCGCGGCCGAAGUCUUGCCAAACUUGGAAGCUGUCGCAGAAGAUGCUUUGCAUUUGGUGCUGCGCGUGGAAGCUUGUACUGGAGAGAAGCGCACUGCCUUGUCCUCAUGCUUGCUCAAGAUCCAAACCCGCUUCCGCCUGCCAUACGCAGCUCCGUUCUUUCGUGGCCAUGCUGUGGAAGACCCUCCUGAUGCCGGCAACUGGUCGGACAAUCUGAUGGACAAAGAAGCUACCGAAACAGAUUGGGAUAAAAAAGCAACCAAACCAUACUGCAACCACCAGGAGUAUAUCAAUGACAUCCAAGCCCUUUGCACUGCGUUUCCAGACAACAUGGGCCACAAGGACAAGAAAGGGCGCACAAUCCGCCAGAUCUUGAAGGCCGGGGCUUCCUACACUCAUUUUCGCUACUUGUGGAACGGAUCGCACAUCAUCUCUGCACUCCACGACGUGCUGCCACCUGCGGAGCUCCAACUCCUGAGUUUUGGCACGUGCAGCAAUGAAGCCUUGCACUUUCAAUUGAAAGCUUGCCAAGAGCAAAUCAUCCAGCAGCACAUCCAAACCUUCCCACCACAACUUGCAGCUUUCAGCUUGGCCAAGAUGUUGGCCCACCAUUCGGCCGCAUACUUCCACACCUUGGCACAAAGAAAGGAGUCUGAGAUUCUCAGCUUAAUGCAAGGCUGCUUGAAAAAGGGUUUUCUGCCAGCUCUUGAGGAAGGGCAGGUACAACCCAUUAUCAGCAGGCAAGACUUGCGCAAGCCAGUGCGCAGGGUGAAUCCUGGGAAGUUGGCCGCAAGAAAAGAAACGGCUGCAAAAAAGGCCGCACAAUGGAAGAAGGAGACCCGCAACCGACAGCUGAAGAACAAGGAGAAAGUUCAACAUAAAGGCGCCUUCAAGCGCACCGUCUUUACUCAACAGAAUCUUCUUUAA